CUGAUCUUCUACAAUCCGGUGCAGCGUUUCGAUGGAUCUUUAUUAGUCACACUGAAAUCGAAAACCUCAUUCCACCAGAAAACACAAUAAUGAGAAUGAACAUUUUACCGAAUACCGAGGCUUUGUUUAUUCAAAGAACAGAUAAUAGAUGCUACGAAAUCAGUAUGGUUUACAAAAUCGGAAACGAGACUGCAUGGAAAACAGAAAAGUACGCUUAUUGGAAUGUAAGCGGAGGUUUUCAGAAAAAUACCAACAUUAAUGAAGUUACAGCUGUAAGGAGACUUGAUUUGGAAGGAUACGAGAUAAAAAUUUGUUACGUUUUAACGGACAAUGAUAGUAUUCAUCAUUUGAGUGAUGAAGUGAAUGAUCAUAUUGAUACGAUAACUAAGGUCAAUUUCCCAAGCACCAACCAUCUGUUAGACUUUCUGAAUGCUGAACGAAAAUAUGUUUUUGUUAAUACGUGGGGCUAUCGAAUUAACGGCACUUGGAAUGGACUAACUGGAUUUUUGGUAAACGGCGAUGUUGAAAUUGGAGGGUCACCGAUGUUUUUCACGGCAGAACGUACAGCAGUAGUCGAUUUCAUUUCGAGUCCUACACCAACUCGCUCGAAAUUUGUAUUUCAACAACCAAAGUUGUCGUAUGAAAAUAAUUUAUUUUUACUUUCAUUUCGUACAGCCGUCUGGUAUAGCACUCUAGCGUUAAUCUCCUUAAUAUUCACAAUGUUGCUGGCCGUUACAGCUUGGGAAUGGAAGAAGAUGUCCCAAAUGGAAACGAGGAAUUUAGAUGCUGGCGUACUUAGGCCGAGCAUUACAGAUGUUACCAUGCUAGUCUUUGGUGCUACUUGCCAACAAGGAAGUACCGUUGAAUUAAAAGGCUCGCUCGGUCGUGUUGUAAUGUUAAUUCUUUUCCUGACCCUUAUGUUCCUGUACACUUCAUAUUCAGCAAAUAUCGUUGCUUUACUUCAGUCCAGUUCAUCCCAAAUUAAAACACUGGAAGACCUUCUGCAUUCCCGAUUGAAAUUCGGUGUACACGACACAGUUUUCAAUAGAUAUUACUUUUCAGCUGCAGAUGAACCUGUUAGGAAAGCAAUAUAUGAAAAGAAAAUUGCACCCCUAGGUGUUGCACCUCAGUUUAUGUCUAUGGAAGAAGGUGUUAAGAAGAUGCGUAAGGGUCUGUUCGCAUUCCAUAUGGAAACAGGAGUUGGAUAUAAAUUCGUUGGAAAAUAUUUCAAAGAAAGCGAAAAAUGUGGCUUAAAGGAAAUACAAUACUUACAAGUCAUAGAUCCGUGGUUAGCUGUCCGCAAGAACACACCGUACAAGGAAAUGUUCAAAAUUGGAAUGAAACGCAUCCAAGAGCACGGUCUGCAGAACCGCGAAAACAGAUUACUUUACGAAAAACGACCUAAGUGCUCGGGCAGAGAAUCCAAUUUUGUUUCCGUGAGCAUGGUGGAUUGCUAUCCAGCGUUACUUGUUCUUUCAUAUGGAAUUAUCAUAGCCAUAGCGCUUGUUAUAAUGGAAAACUUAUGGCAAUAUCGACAUCUUAUCAAAGGAAAGCUAGAAUUUUCCUCUUCUGUGAAUACUAUUGAGAAUUUAAAUCAAUUUGAAAAACACCCAUCGCAUAAUUGGAAGAAAUUUUAUGUAAUAGACAGUGCAAAAAUAAAACCAAUGAUAGUCACUGCUUUUUCUGGAGUCAUCAUGAACAUUUUGGCUAUAGUUCUAAACAUUUUUCUAUUCGAUUUUCAUUAUUCCGAAUCUACCAAACAUGCUGAUAUUAAUCUAAUCAAAGAUGUUAUUGAAUCUUACGAUAGGCCCACAUCGGUUUAUGCAAAACUUUGCUGGGAAACUUCAUGGCUAAUAGAUCUGGCAAAUGAAAUUUUUAAAAUUAAAAAUCCCGUAGCUAUAACGUUUGGAAAAAUCGGUGACGUUGAAGAAGUCACACCCAGCAACCACAUAUUGUUUCUCAUUGAUACUACCUGUAAUAACAGUCACAUUGUCCUACAAGAGGCUGAUGCGCAUCAACAAUUUAGAAGAUCGUACAGAUGGUUAGUACUUGAAACACAAGGAAGCGGAUAUAAUUCUAAAUUGCUUGAAAUAGAACCUCUGAAUAUUUUAAUUGACUCCGAUGUUUUAUUAGCCACUAAAAUAGAAAAUGUCACAUAUGUGUUAAAAAAAAUUUACAAAAUUUCGACCCAGUCUGAGUGGAUCACAGAAGAUUACGGCAACUGGACAGCCGAGCAUGGAUUAAUCAUGUCAAAUAUUAUAAUUUAUGAUGCUUCAAGACGAAGAAACAUUAGAGGCCAUCCUGUUACAACUUCUAUCAUAGUAACUGAGAAUAGAACGAAAUCGGAACUUGAUGAUUUAAAGAAUUUAUUGUUUGACAGUCUCGCAAAAAUUUGUUUUCGUCACACCAAAAAUCUUUGUCAAUUUAUGAACGCGUCGCAUAAAAUAGUUUUUGCUUCUAUGUGGGGUUAUAAAACAAACGGAACUUGGAAUGGCAUGAUGGGUGAUCUAGCUAAAGGAACAGUCGAUUUUGGAGGCACAAUAGCAUUCCUCACUAGUCAGCGAUUGCAAGUCGUGGAUUAUUUAUCGUCCCCUGUACCAAUAAACGCGAAAUUCGUCUUCAGGGAGCCUCCGCUAUCUUACCAGAACAAUUUGUUUAUCUUGCCUUACAAAGCAAAUGUGUGGUACUCCACAGCUGCAUUUGUUGUUUUACUAGUAAUAAUUCUCUAUAUUAACGCCAAAUGGGAAAUUAAAAAAGCCGAGUAUGAGCAAGCUGGAAUCAAUAAAACAGCUUUACAACCCAGCGUGAGUGAUGUAACAAUCUUAGUGAUCAGCGCUAUUUCUCAACAAGGUAGCUCUAAUGAAUUGAAAGGUACACUAGGACGGGCUGUUCUUUUCUUACUAUUUCUUACUUUCUUAUUCCUUUAUAUAUCGUACUCAGCAAAUAUCGUAGCAUUAUUACAAUCAAACUCCAAACAAAUACGCACGUUGCAAGACCUACUAAAUUCUAAACUAGAACUUGGCGUUGAAGACAUAGUAUACAACAGAUAUUACUUUUCUACCGCCACUGAACCAAUUAGAAAGGCUAUUUAUGAAACCAAAGUGGCGCCAAAGGGAUCGAAAGCUAACUUUAUGAGUAUCGAGGAAGGAGUAAAAAAAUUACAAAAGAGCCCAUUUGCUUUUAACAUGAAUAUCGGAACUGGAUACAAAAUCAUAGAACGAUAUUUUGAAGAACAUGAAAAAUGUGGAUUACAAGAAAUCAAUUACAUUGAAUCCAGCAUACCGUGGAUGUCUUGCCGAAAAAAUUCGCCAUUUAGGGAGAUCUACAAACUAGGUUUAUUUAAACUCCAAGAACAUGGUAUUACUGAUCGCGAGAAUCGUUUAUUGUUUGCCAGAAAACCAGUUUGCAUCGUCCGAGGUGGUAACGUAGGGUCAGUCAACAUGGUUGAUGUUUAUCCCGUGAUUUUGAUGUUUUUAUAUGGACUGUUCCUGGCCUUCUUAAUACUGCUCGUCGAAAUUGUGGUUCACCGAAAACUCAGUAAAGUAAUCGUCGUUUAAGUAGUGUAUUUUAUUUAACUAAAAUACUAAUUUUUGGCUGCAAAUACUAUAACAAAUAAAAAAACAUAAUUUAUUUUUUAGUGUAUUAAAAUAAAAAUAUCGUGUAUUUUUUAUUUAUUUUAAGA